UUUAGCUUAGUAAUGCAAGAUGGCUGAACGUCGUCGAAGAAAAAGCACCGAAUGUGAGAGUGAGGGGGAACAUACAGAGCCCACACUGUCAGAGUAUGAGAGCACUGCAGAUGAAAGUCGAUACACAGAAACAGAGGGAACUGAAGACAGUGAUGAAUAUGUGACGGAGGAGGAAGAGACUGCUGAGGAGGAAUCUGAUGGGGAGGAGAAGGGGGAUGGGGGGAAGGGGGAUGGGGGGAAGGGGACAGUAAAAAAAGGGGAUGGAGACAUUGAUGGGGAACGACAGAGUGGCGAUGGUGAGCAGGAACAGCCAAAGUUAGAUGAUGAUGAAGAUCGCCAGAAUCCAGCCUAUAUCCCAAGACGAGGGGCGUUCUAUGAGCAUGACAUGCGACUGGAUCCCAAUGAUAAAAGUGAACCACCUGCUGAGCAGGAGGAUAAAAGAGCUAAAGGGAAGCUAUGGAAAGACGAUAGCAAGUGGGGCCAUGACAAGUUUGAUGCCUACGAUCAGGCGCCUAAGUCACGCCAAGAACUCAUCGCCAUGUACGGUUAUGACAUUCUACAAUCUGAUGUCGCACCAGAAGCCCCACCAAGGCUGGGAGGAGGAAGACGAGGUGGGAGAGACAGAAAGCAGCAGUUUCAAGACUUCCUUCCCGAGGAUGGAAACCGUCGCUCUAGUUACGGGAACCCUGGACGUGGUCGUUAUGGAAAUGACAACAUUGAGGAUGACAGAGGACCAAGGUCUUCUAAGUCGGACAGUUAUGUGAGAGGUGGAAGAGGGGGUGGUCGAGGAUUUGGUAGAGGUGGUUCAAACCAGCGAAGAAACUACUCGGACUUGAAGGAUGACAGACCCCAGAGAUCAAGGACUUAUUCUGAUAAUGAAAGAGACAUUUCGCAGCAAUCGACUUAUGGAAAUAGAGAUAAUUAUGGAAAUAGAGAUAAUUAUGGAAAUAGAGAUAACUUCAGAAAUAGAGAUAAUUAUGGAAAUAAGGAUAGCUAUGGAAAUAGGGAAAAUGACAUAAAUCGAGAAUCCAAUUAUGGCAAUAGAGACCAGAAAUAUGGAAAUAAAGAAUCACAUCAUGGAAAUCGAGAAACUGGUUAUGGAAAUAGAGGUAGCUACGGAAAUCGAGAUAAUAAUGAAAACAGAAAUAACGCCAAUAAAAGAGAAGGGUUUGGAAAAAGAGACAGUUAUGGGGACAGAAAUGUGGACUCUAGUGACAGAGGUGGCAGGGAAAGGUCUGAAAGGGGCUUUGGGAGAGGGAGAGGGGGAAGGGGUGGAGGAAGGGGCCAGCCUAGGGAUGAGACCAAUGAAAGCCCUGGAAAGCCUGCUGCGCAGGGUCAACGGACAGCCGAGUUUGACAGGCAAAGUAGUACUGGUGGGGUUCAAGGAGCACAUGAAAAGGACUGGCCCAAAGUUGAUCGUCAACACAGCGGAGGCUCAGGAAGGGAUACAGAACAGAAUCAAGGCCCUGUUUCUAGGGAAAACAAAAGUUCAGCUCCAACUCAACAAGAGAGUGUAGGUCAGAGGUUUGCAAAUGUGGACAGACCACCUGCUAGAACAUAUGAGAAACCGUCUCCCAAGUCCUACUAUACACUAUCGGCCACUGACGAUGAAAAGCUGAUGGAUGAAGAUUAUGGGCCAGGUGGAAUACAGGACCUCAAUGUGACGGUUACUGGGGACAGGAGGAGUUUCAACAAAGAAGUUAAACCGACCGGGGAGACUGGUAGGAGAGAACAACAUGGUCCUGCACCAAAACACCAGCCUAGUCUACCACCGAGGCUACAACAGCAGCAGGAAAGAAAUAAACGUCAGAAACAACAGCAACAACAACAACAAGUACAGCAACAAGCAGUUGAGAAGCAAGAUCCAUCUGCAAGCCGUUCCAACAAGCGUUAUUCCUCCCAGCGACAGAGACCUGCACAAGAGGGGGCUGCAUUUGUUGACCAGCCCCAGAUUUCACAGCCACCAUCUACCCAACAGCAGCACGCCCCACAUGCUGGCCUGCCACAGCAGUAUCGACCUAAUUUCAGUCCACCAGUUAGUAUUCCACAACAGGGAGUUGUCAUGAGGCCGGCUAUCUCCCCACAGAGAAGUGUUGGCCCUGCGCAUGUCCAGAGCCCAACAAUGAGCCUAUCUCGUGGACCUCCACCCCCGGCCAUGAUCCCUGUGCCUUUGGCUGUACCUAGGCCACCCCCAACUGCUCAGCCUGCAUUCAUCAGGGGCCCACCCCCUCCAGGAGCAGUGUUUGCAGGGCCUCCAGGAACAUUAACCACAACAGCAGUGAUAGGGACUCCCACACAGAUAAUAUCUCCUGCAGGAAUACCCAGUGCUGCAGUCAUAUAUGCUGCUCCCCCACCCCCUUUCCAAGUUCCUGUUCCACAGUUUACUCAGAGCAACCCUGGAGAGACAAUAAGUGGUGGCACUACAUACUACAGCAACACAUCAUCCAGUGGGGGUGGUGCAAGUACUGGAACUAUAUACUACCCUCCCGAGAUGCAGGUAGCCAAGUCACACAGGGUACAAGUUCGCAGGCCAAAAGCUCCAUUGCCGAUUAUUAACCCAGAGGAAGUACAGAAGAACAUCAACUAUCAAAGGGGUGAAGAGGAAUAUAUCAGGCAAUCAGAUGAUACCUCAGCAGAAGAAGAACAAAUUCUAGAAAUUGAUGACACAAUUGAACAAACUGAAAAUAUGCCUGAAGAACCUUAUGAGGAGCAUGACUAUCACAAUGUGCAAGUGGAAGAAACAGAAGAAGUGGAUGAUGAAAUUGAAGAUGUUAGAGAUGAAAGUAAGAAAGACAAGGAUGCUUCAAUAGAGGUUGUUGAUGUACCAGAUGAUGUAGAUCAAGAAGAAGAAUAUGAUAUGCAAAAAAGGAUUGGUGAAAUGGGGUUUUCUGCAGAGAAUGCUGAGAAAGAAGCUGACGAUUUUGAAAGUAUUGUUCAUGUAGUCACAGAUAAUGCGGACUCUGUAAAGGAAGAUGCUGGUGAAGUUGACGCUGAAAAAGAAGAAAACAUAGAUAAUACUGAUGGUAAAAGAGUAGAAGAUACUUAUAAUUUGGACACUGAAAAAGCAGAAACUGAAGGAAAAGUGGUCUCUGAAAUAAAAAAUGUUCAAAAUCAGGAUAGUGAAAUAGAUAAAGUUAAAAAUGUUUCAGAAACACAAAUUGAAGAGGCAUAUACUGCUGGAGAUCAGGAUGUUGAAAGUAAUGUUGAGGAUGAUAUCAGUCAGAAGAAAACUGAUUUUAUGGACACUAAUACUGACACAGUAGCAUCUGAUGAAAGAAAAGGUGAAACUUUUGUGAUUAAAGCUGAAGCUUUGACGCCCACUCUUUCAGUAUCCGCAUCAGUUUUACCAGAACAGGACAGCAAAGAUCCAGCAGAUAAAAUUGUAGAUAAUAAUGAUGAAACAACUGAAACCAAAGACGUUAAGCAAGAGGAAGAACCAUUAAGUGAUUCGAAGGGAACUGUUGCAGAAGAUGGGAGUGAAAGUAAGGAUGUUAAAAAAGAUGCUAAAAGUAAAGAUGGUAAUGAUGAAGAUAAAGGUGAUGAUGAUGAAGACGAAUUUGUAGACACCAAUGAAAAUUUGGAAGGAACCUGAAUUCUUGGAAUUGAUUCAAGGUUUUUGCAUCUUUUAUCAUUUAUUGUUAUGUAUAUUCAAGUUUGAAGGUAUCGUUUGCUUCUGCUUUUUUAAGGAUGUCAUAAUUUUUUAUUAGACCAUAAUUUGUUUUAGCCUAUGUCUGGUUUAUAUUUCUUAAUGAUGUUUGCGGAUGCAAUUUCAAAUUGAAAGUUUCAAAUUGAAAGACAAUUAAAAAUUUGAUAUAUGCAUAAAGUGAAUGCAAUUUUAUCGUGUCAAGUAUGCAUUAAUGUUGUUUUUGUUCAAGUAUGUAUCUGUACAUUUUCAAUUCAUUUGAAUAAAUAUUCAAUGUACCUAAAUUGUUCAUAACAAAGUCAAAAUGCUUUUAAAGACUAGUAUCAAACUAAUUGUAUGGGUUUGAUAGUUUUUUAUUCAUUUAGAAUGAAAGAUAUCUUGGGUAGAAUGUAUGCAUCUUGAUCAAUUAGGCAUCCGGCUAUUGUUUGUUACUGUGUUUCAUUAUGUAAUAUGGGGGUUGGUGACUCUGUCAAUACUUUCAGUAUACCAAAUAAAUAUCCUAUAUUAUAUAAUGUUCUAUAGUGAGUUGACCUAUUCUCACACACAGUAGCAUUUCUCUUAACAUUCAGUCCUGCUUCUGUAAGAAAAAUAUAAUUGGCUGAAAGUAAAUAAGAUUUACAGACGGUUGUUUCACCAUGUCCAAUUUUGGCUUCUGCCUUUAUGGAGACCAACAUGGUUACCCUUCUGUCUUGAUAAAGCAUUUUCUGUCAAAUACAUACUGUUCAAGCCCAUCACAACUCAAUAGAAUGUGCCUUUUCUACCCUACAUGUAUGUUGUAAGUAGUCCCGUCCUUCAAGGCUUGCUGUUUAUAUUAUAAACUUAUUGCUAUUGCAUUCAACCCCAUAUCUGAUUUUUGAACGGAAAAAGAUUGUCUAUAAUUGCAUGUAUCAUUUAAAUUUAAAUUAAUUUCAGUUUAUUUCAAACAGUCAUUAUAAAAGUUAUGUUAAGUUUACAAGGGAUUUAUAAAAAAAUGUUGAAAUUGAGAAAAUAUGUUAUUUUUAUAAACACUCGACAGAAACCUGAACGGAAUUUUGUUUAACAAAUCUUAUAAUAGUUUUAAUUUGGAAAGAACACCGUACAUGUUAAAAACUUUCUACCAUAAUUUUCGGAUUAUUUCAGAACUUUCAUUAUUUUCCAUUAUAACAGGAUUAAGCUCAGCUUACGCUGUUUUCAUGUGAAUUGUGCAAUGUCCUCUGUAUUUAAUGGGUUUUUGAAAGACUUAAAAGAACUUUGUUUUAUUAUAAAAUUAUAAUGGUAAAAAAAAUUCAGUUCUGUAAUCAGUAGAGUUUAAGAAAGUGUUAAUUGUAUAAUGAAGAGAUGUUUGGGACUUAGAUAUUAAAUACCAUAGGUGAUGUAAUGCUAACACUUUCCAUUUGACUCAAACCCUUGUACAUUCUAACAUUUCCAUAUAAUUAUGUAAUAAAUAGUUUGGGUUCAUAGAAAAUAAUUAUCAUCUAAUAGAACAAUACUAUUGUCACUUCUUUAUUUUGAUUUUAUUUGAUAUAAUACAGCAGUAUCAUGUUUAAUUUCCAAGUGAAAUAAAAACCUAAAAACCUU